AGUGGGGGCAAAAGGGUAAAAUUAGCUUUUUUGGUCCAUAACUUUUGUGUACACCAUGUGAGAAAAAUAGGACUUGGUCCAUGGUCCACCAUGGACCAAGGGCUCUCUCCUCUCACUUUUCUUGCCCCCCACUCUAGCUCAUUUGACCCCUUGACCAUGGCAUGAGAGGUUUGACUCGUUGACUAGUCUUCCUCUGCCACGUAGGAUUGAUCGCGCCACGUAGGUGUUUUUGACUCGUGCUUGCGGAAUAUUGACUUGGUCGUCGCCGCGUAGGAUUUACGGCCCGGCCCAUAUAAUGGUUUUAUUUUACUACAACAGUAGCCCCCUUGAGCUGGAAGCAUUGAGAAUGCCUUCGGAUCAACCUCCGGUGCGAGAUCUUUGAUCUUUUUCGUCGCUCUUGGGUUCAUGACGGUGUCCCUUGACAGAUACCCCGAUGGGUUCCCUUGUCAGAAACGGAGGUACUUGGUGUUUUUCUUGCAAAAAAUGGAAGUCUUGGAGGCGUUGUGGGAAGAUUCCAUGCCCAUGAUGAUGUUCUCUGCGAGAAAUCGAGCUUCGGGGGGUAUUUUUAGCAAAACCGGGACCCCAUGGGCCUCUCUGCGAGAAAUCCGGUGUCCCAGAGGAUUUUUUUUUGCAAAAAUCAGGGGCCCUGCGGGCCUCCCUGAAAUUUUCAAGGUCUUUGGCAAUUUCCGCAUGACUUUGCACUUUUUCGCAAUUUUCUCGAGCCUCAUCGGCCGCCUGGGCCAGCUGGGCCGCCUCGGGCUGACCUUGCGCGCGAGCUGGGCCGCCCUCGGGUGCGCCUCCUCUUUUUUUUUUCUGGCCGACUUCCUGGGCCACUACUGGACCGCGGCCCAGUUGGAGCCCGGUACUGGUUCGGUUUAAGUAAAGAAGAUCCAAUGGUUGUGGGUGGCCGGGCGCCCUAGAUCGGACGGCUGGGGGCCUUCUUCUUCCUUCGUACAGGGAGGGUCCCCUUGGCCUUGCUUUUGCUGCCGGCGUUCGUCACUGGAGGUGACGCCGGCGCGGCGAGGACGCGUGGUCCGCGCACGGGAUGCCCCCCUUUGGCCAGGCCGGCCUCCUUUACGGAAAGUGGUGCUCCUUCUUCCCAUUUCUUUCUUCUUUCUUGGUCCGUUCUCUGGGUGGAAGGACGGCGAGGUGUCGCCCCGCCAUUGGCCCGACCCGGACGCCAAGGAGCUCCGGUGGCCUAUAAAAUGGAACCCCCAUCCACGUGGAGCUUACACCAUGCUUGUUUGAUUUGUCCGGCGUCGAAGACGAGUUCGGCGGCGGCCGACAUUUCUUCGAGAGGUUGGUGUAGUAGGAAGCUCCGCAGGGGCACUAGUCACUUCAUGCUCACGACGGAGGUUGCGUUGGUUGCCGCGGUGCUGCCGCGGAAGCUCUCCAUCUCCGAGCCUUCGUGGGGACGUGGAGCGCGAGCGAGGCCACUCGAAGCUCGGUGUUGAUCGUGCCUCCAAGUGUUCCCGGGUGAUCCUCGUCGUCGGCCGCGCCUUCCUUGCUUGUGCGAAGGUAGGAGGAAGCUCGGUGGCGCUGUUCUUUGGCGUUUCUUGAAUGGGCGACCCUUGUGGGCAUUCUGUCGAGCGCUCCCGGGGCGUCGCUUCUGCGCACGGGAGCAGGCGUUUCUUCGCGCGGGUUGUCCUUGGCUUGGUGAGAUGGCAGGACCCGAUGUCGAGUGUCCAGUGGGCGAGCCAGCGAGGGGGUCUUCGGCGGCGCAGCUUGCAGCGAACCGACCGUCGCGGAAGAAGAAGGUUUCCUUCCGCCCUCGCGGUGGCCCUUCCUCGGUUCCGACAGUGCCCGUGGAUGGCGGAGGUUGGGCGCACGACCACCUUCUUCCUUCGUCGAUGAGCCCCGAGGAUCUUGCCCAACUGGAGGAGGCGGGGUACUUCCCCAAGGGGGAUGGUAUCCUGCCUGACGGUGAGGAGGUGAGGCUCGACUAGAGGCGGCAUCCGGGAUGCAUCGUGGCAUUCUCGGUCUGGUUUCAUGCCAGCCUGUGUGUGCCUGUUCACCCCUUCUUGGUGGAGUUCCUGGAGACAUACGGCAUCGAGUUGGCCCAGCUUCACCCAUUGACGAUCGUGAGGUUGAACGUUUUCAGGUGGCUGUGCGAGACGGUGCUUCACGAGGAGCCCUCGAUGAAGCUUCUGUUGUUCUACUUCACCGUGGAGGUGAGGGAUUUGCUCAGCCCGGACGGCUUCGCCUUGAGCACCUUUGGUUCGGUGAACCUGAGGCUUCACUCCGGUUUUGGGGACGACUUCCUGCUCAUGCCAGGGAAGAGUGCGAAGAAGUUGUUCUUCAAGUGGGAGUCCCGGUGGUUUCUUCUUCGGGCUUCAAAGACCCGUCUUCGGCACACGGGUGAUCUCCCCCAGCACUCUGGGGCCGGAGGUCUUAGGGAGGUGUCCCACCCCGGCGAUCCUCGGUCGGCCGACCUCUGGAAGGUGGCCAAAAUCAAGGAGGUGUCUGCCGACAGGAGCUUUCGUGACCUCAUGGAGGAGAUGGUGAUGGCGGCACGCUUCAUGAUGAGGAAUCAUCCGCGGUCCGAGAUUGGGAUCCCUCGAUCUUUCCGUCCCCCGCAGCUCGUCACUGCACGCGAGUGGCGCUCCUCUCCCCUUCGCGCCUCGAUUGUUUUCCCUUGGGAAGGUACUUAGCAAUUUUGGACUUGUCUUUUUUCAGCGACGUUUUCCGAGGAGAGGGCGGUGUUGUGGGCCACGCAGCUGAUAGGUCCGUACGGCGGGCCAGAGCACCGCGACUGCGAGGCCAAGAUCAGCGAGGGGGGAUGUCACAACAUCAUCGCGAGGUGCUUCGGGAAGAUGGUGCCUGUGCGAUAGGAUCCGAAGCUUGGUCGCCUUUUUCGAGUGGGUGAUCGCUACUCCCGCUUGGCUACGCCAUCGAUGUUGGCGGUGGGGUCCAAGCUGCGGGAUUCUUGUGGGAAGGCGAAGGCGGGAGCGGCGGUGCUGGGCCUGGCAGUGCCUGUCGCGCCGAUCCCCAAGAUACCUCGUCCGUCGAGUGGAUGCAAGAGGAAAGCUCCCCCGACUCCUUCUCCUUCUCUUGACUACGCCCCGGCGGAUUCAGCAGAUUCUGUCGUGGGCGAGUCGAGGUCCCCUAUGAGGGUGACCUUGGACCUGCACAUGAAGGGGAAGAUUGGACUCGAGCAAGUUCUUCCUCCUUUGAGUCACGAGGUUGAGGCUUUCACUCGUGAGACGGGGCUUCGACUUCAGAGCGACUCGGUGGUGGAGCUGUGGACCGGAGCCAGUGGCGCGGGCGUCCAGGUGUUCUUCAUUGGUCGCGAGCGCCCCGAGGAGGAUGCUCCUACCUCGGGUGCGAGGGCUGCGGAGCCCGGGGCUCUUGAGGGCGAGCCCCCGACUCAGGCGAGGGACGGAGUGCUUCUGGCGUCCGAGGACGGAGCGAGAGACCCUUUCGUGACACUGAAGCUGGUGAGAGGCUUGGUCGAGGCCGUGGGUGCCCUUCCUGCCCUAAAGACUCAGGUGGGGGCGCUUUCCGCUGCCUUGGACGUGGAGAUGUCCAAGUCUACCCUUGCCUUGAGUGAGUUGGCUUCGGAGAGGGUGCGGCGCGAGGCCAUGGAGGCUGAGCUCUCCCGUGUUUUGGCAGACCUCCCGGCCGCGGAGACUAGGGCUCGACUUGCUGAGGAGCGCCAGAAGGACGAGAUCACGAGGACCCGUCGAGCUGAGGAGGACUUGGUGGUGGCCAACCUUGAUAGGGAGCACGCCCGCGAGGAGGCAGCUUCCCUCAAGGUGGAGUUAGCGGCAACGGGUGACGGCCCGAUGCUUGCUCCUCGUGCUCGUCCUCCACCAGAUCUUCGUCCCGAGGUGGUUUCGCUUUUGCUUGCCCAGGCCACCAAGAUUCGGGAGACGAUGACUUGCCUGAGGAGUGUUCCCCAGCCGGACCUUCCUUCGUGUCGCACGGUGGAUGAGGCGAGCAGGGUGCUUACUUCCCAGGUGGAGCUCAUUGAGCCUACCGUGAAGAAGUGCCUCCUGAGUACGGGUGCCCGACUUGUUUCGUCGGCGGUGGCGGCAGUCCUUGACGGUGGUGCCGGGAUGAGUGGGCUUGAGGGUGAGAUGUCUCACGGGGCGAAGAAGUUUCUGGCGGACCAGGGUGCUCCUCUUUGCGCUCAGGCUCGACGCUUCGUGCGUUACCUUGAGCCCGCUCUUCAGGAGGGUGACGGUGAGGUGUGAGCCUCUUCGCCCUUGGAGGUGGUGAUGUACCUCAGCUGCUUACUUAUGCGAUGUUGCAUAUCCCCACUUGACUUAGCCUCAUGUCUAGCAUGCUUAGGCUCUUAGUCAUAGAGGUCGUAAGGCAGCUUUUUUGUUGUGUUUCAUGCUUUACUAUGUAGUCAACAUUAUCGGAAAUGUUAA